AUGCGAAAGAAUAUGGCUCAUGUUGUAUUAAUAAAAAAAAAAAGAAAGAGAUUAAAAAAUACCACUGCCGAACAAUAUGAACUUUAUUUAGAGGCAAUUGAAAAUGAUUACGUUUUAAAAAGCAAUACUUUAAAUCCAACUUUGGAACCCAAUUAUUUGUCAAAAAAAUGGGAAGAAUUGUCUAACAAGCUAAAUGCGAUUGGUAAAGGUCCAGCUUUGUCUGCUGAAGAGUGGAAAAAGAGAUUUGCAGAUUGGAGAUAUGCUACAAAAGCAAAAUAUCGAAGAAUAUUUAAUUAUAGUAUUAAAACAGGUGGCGGACCUGCUAUUGAUGCUAAAUUGAGCCCCUUAGAAGAAAGGUCAUUGAGAGCUUGGGGAAUGGUAACAGUAGAGGGGAAUACCAUGGUUACUAAUUAUGAGGGUAUUCCAAUUAAUAAGGAUACUCCAGUAGAAAAUCAGGAUGAACCAGAAGAGGCAGUAUAUAAUAUACCUGAAGAAGGAGAAGAAGAGGAGGAGGAAAAUCAAAGUGAAACCCUCAUAAUAACUGUUGAAAAUACCCCAAGUACCCUAAGGAAAAGACAAAGACAUAAGCCCCUCUCAGUGUUGGCCGAAAAUUUAAUAGAAAUCUCUGGAAAUAAUAAUAAUAUUUCAGAAAAAUUAUCAAAUCAAAUAGAAAAUUUUACAGAGGGUUAUUUAAAUAUUGAAAAAAAAAAAAAAUACGAAUUGAAAAAACAGAAACUAAAUUUUGAAAUAAAAAAAUUUUAA